AUGACAGCUCUUCAGAAGAUCCAAGUUCGGUCCAAGAGGGAUGACUACAUUAUCUUCUAUCAUUCAGCUUCGUCUAAUAUCAAUAUUGCUCUGGAUAAUUUUGAUGAUAUCUAUGUCCUAUCUGAUUGUGCAAAUUCAUCUCAAGAAAUUCUCUCCGAAUGUCUUGGUUCAACAAAAGCGUUGCAAUUCAUCUUGCAAUGCCUUCUCACUACAGUGACCUCUCAGGGCCAUAUAUGUUUGGCAAAACUCAUCUUUCCCCAACAAGAGGGGUAUAUUGUGCGCUCUGAUAUCGUCCCCUUGCGCCUUCGGGAUUACCAACAUGUUGAAACAGCAGUCUCUUUUGCAGAGCCACUUAGGAUAUUUGAAAAGAGUGUAGCUCUGGAUGGAGAUAAAAUAAACAGUCUCUCAGAGCUUUUCUCAGCUGCUGCUGCUGGACUUAUUCUUAAUUUGAACCUAGAAUGUGAGGAGAAUAUGGGAUUGGAAGCAAUCUCGUUGCUUGUUGAGUCAGAACUUGAGAACAGAUUGUCCCUCUCAUGGAUACUACCGGGAACUACGCACCGCAAAACACUCGUCCUUGUUGACGCAAAUACUGAUCAUCCUGACCGAGGCGGUACUGGAUCUGGCUUCUAUCUUGCGGCCAUGGAAGUUGGAGUUAAUAUUGUGGUCAUGGAUAACGCUGGACACUGGCUUCAGGGGCCCGACUAUGCUCACUGGCGCGAGGCCUUUAUUCCCACCAGAUUGACCAACCCAGUCGAGGAGAACUUAGCUGACCACAUCACGGAAUCGUUAAAAGCAUACGGCAAGCCAGUGGAUGGCAUAGUCACUUUUGCUGACACAUACUGGCCGUAUAUCGCCAAAGUUGCACAGCAGUUUGGGUUGCCAACUUGUGCACCUGAGGGGUUUAAAAUAGCCACAAACAAGUACCUAACAAGCAAGUUUGUUGGUCAUAAUGCUCAUCUUGCAUGUAGCGUUGAUGAAGCUCUUGAUAUUGCCAACAAGCAAGACCUUCAGUACCCACUCAUUGUGAAGCCAUGUGACGGAUGGAGCUCAGAAGGAGUUUCUCGCGUUGAUUCACAGGAAGCCCUGGCUCUAGCCAUUAAGUCAAUCGAUGCAUCCCGCCACGGAACCGGAUUUGUUAUGGAACCAUACUGUUCAGGUCCAGAAUUCGACGCUAAUUUUGUCUUACUAGACGGAGAAGUCCUUUUCUCUGAAAUAUGUGAUGACUUGCCCAAGUCAGCGGAUAUCAAUGGCCCCAAUGGACGAAUAAUUACUAAUUUCCAUGAGUUGGAUAUCGUAUACCCUUCUGCGUUACCAUCCCUGGAGAAGGACGAGAUAAAGAGCGCAUUCUUGGACACUCUGCUCAAGCUAGGCUUAAAAAAUGGCAUUAUGCACCUUGAAGGUCGAGUUGAGAACUCAUCGGUUGAGUAUACCUCUAUGGAUGGUGCUCUCGAGUUGACGCCCCUUGAUGGUAAAUCUAUAAAUCGAAAGCCAAGCCCCUGGCUUAUAGAAAUUAACCCACGCCCACCAGGCAUGACAGCUUCUCAGAUAACUGAAUCCACGUAUGGUAUUGAAUACUGGGCCAUAGCUGUGCUUAGUGCUGUGGGCGAUAAGGCUCGAGUACGCGCUCUAUCACAGCCCUUCAAGCACGGAGCCCAAUAUACUAGUGUCAUGGUCUUUGUUCCUGCCGAUUAUCCGUCUACUUGCGAGGGUAUAUUUGACUCGGACGACAUCUGUGCCGACUUGAUAGCACGAAGGCCAGAUCUAGCUAAAAAUAUCAGCCGGUGUGCAUGCUUCAUUAAACGGGGCCAGAAGGUGCCGCAUCCAAACUCCGGUCAAAAUACUUUUAUGGCCUAUUUCAAUGUCUUUUCAAGAUUGGGGAGAAAAGAAGCGCUCGAUAUAGCUCGGAAAGUUAGGAAAGAGAUCCAUUAUUCAUUUAUUUGA